UCACAAUCAACACAUCCAUCACAACCGCCAAUUCCCAUCAAUCAUCAGCAUCGCCAAAUCUAACGGUCUUAAACUCACACUCACCCCUCACGCCGCACGUUGUCCGUUUCUCGUUACGUCGCCGUUUCGUCUCGGCUGUUUCUUCUCCGUCCACAGCACGCACAGAGACAGAGAGAGAGAGCGAGAGAGAGAAUAGAGAGGGAGUAUAUGCAGACGGAGGCUAGGGUACGGGAGAUGGCUCUCAAUUCGGGCCAUGGAGGCGUCGUCGUGGUGGCGCAGCAGAAGAGGUCGUUGCAGCAAUCGCAAAUCGGAACAGUUUCGCAGCUCCUCGCCGGAGGCGUCGCCGGCGCCGUCAGCAAGACCUGCACGGCGCCGCUCGCUCGCCUCACUAUCCUUUUCCAGGUGCAAGGCAUGCACUCUGAUGUCGUCAUGCUGAGAAAGGCUAGCAUUUUGCACGAGGCUUCACGCAUUGUUAGGGAAGAAGGAUUUAGGGCCUUCUGGAAAGGAAAUCUUGUUACAAUUGCUCAUCGUCUGCCUUACUCUUCUAUCAGCUUUUAUGCAUUUGAACGCUACAAGAAUCUGUUACAAAACGUUUUGGUGAUUGAAAAUCAAAGAGAAAAUGUUGGCGUAGACGUUUUCAUACGCCUUGUAGGUGGUGGUUUGGCUGGGGUUACUGCUGCAUCCGUUACAUACCCAUUGGAUCUUGUAAGGACACGUCUUGCAGCACAGACAAAUGUCACCUACUAUAGAGGUAUAUGGCAUGCUCUACGCACUAUAACAAGGGAAGAAAGUGCCUCUGGCCUCUACAAGGGACUUGGGGCAACAUUAUUGGGUGUCGGGCCUAAUUUAGCAAUCAGCUUUUCGGUUUAUGACAGCUUGAGAUCUUAUUGGAAAUCACAGAGGCCUGAUGACUCCACUAUCCUUGUCAGCCUUGCCUGUGGCAGCGUUUCAGGCAUAGCAUCGUCAACAGCAACAUUCCCGCUGGACCUCGUGAGGCGGAGGAUGCAGUUGGAAGGAGCAGGAGGCCGGGCUCGCAUAUACACCACUGGCCUUUUCGGUACAUUUGGGUAUAUUAUCAGGGCUGAAGGCCUUCGCGGAUUGUAUAGAGGGAUUUUGCCUGAAUACUUCAAGGUGGUGCCAAGUAUUGGUAUAGUUUUCAUGACUUACGAGAAAAUGAAGCAGCUUUUGUCAGAUAUUCCCGCCAAUGGCUAGUAUCCGCCACGCCUUUGAAGAUCAACAUUUUGGCUGACAAUUGGUGGAAUCUGUUUUUAACUAAGUUACACCUUUGAAGAUCGUUCUUGGCGGUCUCUUGGUGGGAUCUGUUUUUAACCAGCUAGUUGAAAGAUAAACUUAUUACAUUCCGUUUUUGGCUAUGGCAUGGUGGUUACUGGUUAGUCUUUGUGACUGCUGCUGGAAACCCUAUUUUUCCAUGUAUAGAUAUGGCACAAAAGGAGGAACACCGUGACUCGCAUCGCAAAUGUAUUGAAAAACAUUGGUCAUCACAUGCUUGUGUUGACAUUAACAGCUUUGAUUAUACUUUUGUCUUCUUUGUGUUUCGGUUUGCGACUAGAGUUUCUUGCUGACUUUUAGGUCUCCGUUUGGAUCUUGAAUUCAUGAACGUGUUUUUGAAGGAAAAGAAAUGAAGUCUCCGGCCAGUGCCUAUAAUUGAUUUGUAACUGAAA